AUGACAAACGCAAGACUCCCUAGAAGAUCAGUGGUGGUCGAGAUCACAAAAUCUGGGACUGUGAGAGUCCCUGGUAUGAGUCUACGAGCUCUGAUGGAUAAAGAUAAAGACGACUAUUCCUCUGCUUCCAAGACGACCACAUGUUCUAUACAUCGGAGAAAAUAUUGGUGGAAUAGAAAGAAGAAUGAGAAAAUCAAGGAAACAUUCAAGAAGAAGAAGCUGUCUGACUGUAUUUUAUGGUGGGAUUCGUACUACAAGAAAUUGUUUGUCUAA